AUGUGCGACCUGGCUGACUCCCUGGCUGCCUCGAACAAUGCUUUUCCAGCCGCGCCACCGGCGACGCCCCCGCAACAGCAGCACGCGUCCAAGCCGCAGUCGCCGGCCGGCGUCGGCGCCGGCGCCAGCGCCGGCGUCGUCCGAUCGCCGCCGCCUGGGUCUUGGGGAAGCCUCGGGCGCCCUCUCAGCGGCCUGGGAGAACCCCUCCCCUGGCCCGGCUUUGGUGGUGCUUUUAAAGCGGGCAGCCAGGAUGCUCCCCGCGGAGCGUCCCCUGCAGCCAGCGGAAGCUCGAGGGGCGGCGACCGGCCCGGGCCCAUCGGCGUUCCUCCCUCUGUGUCGUCCCCGCGGGCAGCCGCGGGCGGCGGCGAGGCCCGGCGCCGCACAGCUCUGGGCGCGGCGGCGGCGGCGGCGGCGGGUGUGGAGGCGCUCGAGUGGCUCGAGGC